GUUUUUAAGAGCUCAAAACGAAUCUGGCCAAGUGUGGAAUUCCUCGAUAAAGGGAUAGGCAAGGUGCAGCCCUCAUACCGCCACAUCGGCCCACUAGCCGCCAGGAAAAACCCCCAACGGUCAUUUAGAAGUCCUGCAGGAUCCACACACACGCGCUCACACACUCACGAAGGUGUAAAAGGUGUGGAUGAGAGAGAGAGAGGCGGAGAGAUGUUUAGCAGAGCAGGAACAGUUUUAGUCUCUGCAUCAUCAUCAUCAACAACGACUCUCUAUAAACCCGCAAAAAAUCCCUCUCCGUUUCUGGGCCUGCUUAACAAGAACAGUAGUCGCAAGAGCAAGUCAUUCGUUUCAGCCCCUUUGUAUGGCUCCGUGAUCCGAAGGGGUUAUUACACGAGUAGCAGCAGAAUGGAGUCCUCUUCUUCGAGCUUCGUCGCGCGUGCCUCGGCCCAGCCUCUGGCGAAUGCGGACGCCCUCAUCGAUUCGGUCGAGACGUUCAUCUUCGACUGCGACGGCGUUAUAUGGAAAGGGGAUAAACUGAUAGAAGGGGUCCCUGACACGCUUGAUAUGCUUCGGUCAAAGGGAAAGAGAUUAGUCUUUGUUACCAAUAACUCCACGAAGUCCAGGAAACAAUAUGGAAAAAAGUUUGAAACACUUGGCCUUAAUGUCAGCGAGGAUGAAAUUUUUGCGUCAUCCUUUGCUGCUGCAGCAUAUUUGAAGUCCAUUAAUUUCCCGACAGAUAAGAAGGUUUAUGUGAUUGGGGAGGAUGGCAUCUUGAAGGAGCUUGAGCUUGCUGGUUUUCAAUACCUUGGUGGGCUGGAUGAUGGUGGAAAAAAGAUAGAGCUGAAGCCUGGGUUUUUGAUGGAGCAUGAUCAUAAUGUUGGAGCUGUUGUAGUUGGAUUUGAUCGUUAUUUCAACUACUAUAAAGUCCAGUAUGGGACAUUAUGCAUCCGGGAAAAUCCAGGGUGUCUAUUCAUUGCUACAAAUCGUGAUGCUGUUACUCAUCUUACAGAUGCUCAAGAAUGGGCAGGUGGUGGUUCUAUGGUUGGUGCCCUCAUUGGAUCUACUCAGCGAGAACCACUGGUCGUGGGAAAGCCUUCUACUUUUAUGAUGGACUACUUGGCAAACAAGUUUGGCAUUCAAAAGUCACAGAUAUGCAUGGUUGGCGACAGAUUGGAUACAGAUAUUCUUUUUGGGCAAAAUGGUGGCUGCAAAACCCUUCUUGUUCUCUCAGGUGUAACUAGUUUGUCCAUGCUUCAAAAUCCUAACAAUUCCAUCCAACCAGACUUUUACACCAACAAGAUUUCAGAUUUCCUCUCUCUUAGAGCUGCUACUGUGUAAGGGACCGACAUCACAGAUUUUCCAUGUAUGUCUCCGCCCAGUUACCCCGUCUCUACUUGUGUUGUAGUUCUGGUGACAAUUGAUCUCCCUGCAAAAAGGGUUAUUAACACUAGAACUCACAUAAAGUGAUCUGAUUCUUUGUUGUUUCUGUAGUGCGUUGUCUGACAUCAAGAAGAGAAUUUCGGAAUACGUGUUGUACAUUUUUAUACCUAUAUCUGUUGUUUCCCACCACAUACUGGCUAUUUUUAUACCAGUUUCUGCUGUAUAGUGUGAAAAGAUGAAGGUAUUGAGAAAGUGAAAGUGAACUAUUUUUUUCCUUUUUGGGCUAUCAGAAUCGACAAACGCUAACCAAA